AAAUAUUCAUUUUAUUCAUUUAUUCAAUAAUUCUCACGAAAUCUACACUUUCGCAAGUGCUAGUGAUUUAAUAAUAAUGUGAAUUUUAUCAUACAGUUCCACCCGUAACCACGGUGCUUCUAUAAAGGCCUAAUUCUACAAUAAAUGCAUGUAAAUAUUCUAAAAUCUUCUACCGACGUGAAACACGAACAGCGCAAGCUUGUAAUGUAAUGAUCAACCAGAAAUGCUUGUAGGAAAAACUGCUCACCAGUGUGAACUCAACGGUUCAUCGGACUGAUGAGUGAAGAGGUCAGGAACUUUCAUUAAAAGGGGCUGAGUGUGAAUUCCUCCAUGUGUUCUGUGUGACGUUUGAGUGUGUGAGUGUGUAAGUGUGUUUGUGUGUGUGUGUGAGUGUGAGUGUGUGGGAGUGUGUGAGUGUGUGUUUGUGAGUGUGAAGCAGAGGAACUCGUCCAGGAUCCCAGGAAUCGCACAUCCCUCCUAAAUGUAACAGAAUCUGUCAAAAACUGCACAUGAACACGUUUGAAACACGUGAGCUAAGACAGGAGGGGCCGUGAAGGAUGGACUGUGGUCGACUCCACACACACACACACACACACACACACACACACACACACACACGCAGCCACACCUUCAGACGUUGCCCACACUGCACUCUGAGCCCUCAGGAUGCCUUGCUCUAAGCUGCUCACCUUCCUAAAGGGUCUGUCCCGGGUGAAGCCGCUGGAGCCGGAUGGCGAGAGCUCUGAUUUCUGCCGCUGUUUGACUACGCUGGACCUGGUGGCACUGGGCGUGGGCAGCACCCUGGGCGCUGGCGUCUACGUGCUCUCGGGUGAGGUGGCGCGCACUGUAUCCGGCCCCAGCAUCAUCGUCUCCUUCUUCAUCGCCGCCGUGGCGUCCGUGUUUGCUGGGCUGUGUUACGCCGAGUUCGGCGCCCGUGUGCCCAAAACAGGUUCUGCGUAUCUGUACAGCUACGUGACUGUGGGUGAAGUGUGGGCCUUCAUUACAGGAUGGAACCUGCUGCUGUCCUACGUCAUAGGUACGUCCAGCGUCGCCCGGGCCUGGAGCGGAACGUUUGAUGACCUCAUCGGGAACGUCAUUGAUUCUUAUAUGAGGAACAAUGUAGCCAUGAACUUACCUGGACUCGCUCCUUACCCAGACUUCUUUGCAGCUGCACUUAUUAUGCUUCUGGCAGGUAUCCUUGCUUUCGGAGUCAAGGAGUCCGCGAUGGUCAACAAGAUCUUCACCGCCGUAAACGUGCUUGUGCUGGUGUUCGUCAUCAUUGCUGGAUUUAUUAAAGGUGACAUUAAAAACUGGCAGCUAACCGAAGAGGACAUCGUCAACACCACCACAUCGACUAACCCAAACAGCACUACUGAUACGUUGAUAUACGGGACUGGAGGAUUUUUCCCUUUUGGAUUUGCAGGAACGUUGUCUGGAGCUGCGACCUGCUUCUACGCUUUUGUAGGAUUCGAUUGUAUCGCCACUACAGGUGAGGAGGUCCGUAACCCUCAGAAGUCGAUCCCCGUGGGUAUCGUGGCGUCGCUCCUGAUCUGUUUUUUGGCCUACUUUGGAGUUUCGGCCGCUCUCACGCUCAUGAUGCCCUACUACCUGCUGAGCGUCCAGAGCCCUCUCCCUGUGGCCUUCACGCACGUAGGCUGGGAACCAGCGAAGUACGUCGUGGCCGUCGGGUCUCUGUGCGCACUCUCUACAAGUUUGUUGGGUGCGAUGUUCCCGAUGCCGCGUGUCCUGUUUGCCAUGGCCCGAGAUGGACUUCUCUUCAAACCCCUGAGUCGAAUGAGCUCCAGACAGAGUCCCGUCUUCGCCACGCUCACGUCGGGAAUAGUGGCAGCCAUCAUGGCGCUUGUGUUCGACCUGAAAGCUCUGGUGGACAUGAUGUCCAUCGGUACGCUGUUUGCCUACACGCUGGUGGCCAUCUGCAUCCUCAUCCUCAGAUACCAAGGGGAUUCGGACAAGCUGAGCGAGAAGGAGAGGUGGAGUUUAAUACGACCGCCAUCUUCACCUACAGCCACCAGCUCUAAAGUCGUCUCCAUACUGACCAUAAUCAUCAUCGUGUUGACAAUGGCUGUGAGUGUGAUUCUGACGAAGGGGUUGGACCUGGUGGGGACGUGGUGGAUGAUUCUGAUCAUCUGCGUACUCGUGCUGUUUUUACUCACUGCGCUCGUCAUCAUCUGGAGACAACCACAGAGCAGCAGCAAAGCCGCCUUCAUGGUUCCUCUUGUGCCGGUGCUUCCCAUCCUCAGCACUUUCGUCAACAUUUAUCUGAUGAUUCAGCUGGGAGGAGAGACGUGGAUCCGUUACACAGUGUGGAUGGCAAUAGGGCUGCUGAUCUAUUUCGGCUACGGCGUUUGGCACAGCGUCCAGAAGAAACGAGACGAAUCCUCUCAUCGCUCCGAGACGAAAACCAUCUGCGCCCAAAGGGAGGAAACGAAGAAAGACAACGUUUCUCUACAACAAACCAAGCUCUAAACUUUUACCCGAUCUCUACCCGAGCCUUAUUAAUACCGAUUCACAAUACAGUUUUUUUCUUUUUUACUGGAUUGUCGAUGACAGUGUGUGUGCGGAUCAGGGUGUGUCCAUUUGUAAAAUUUCUUUUACAAGACAGACAUGAAACGUUCUAAUGACUUGAUCAUCUAAAAAAAAGUUAUUAUAAAUAUUAUAUACACGUUAUUUUUUAUAGACUAUGUAUUUUCUAUGCCAUAUUCUGUAAUAUUUCAGCUGCUGAAAUGCUGACUAAAGAACUGAAUAUCGGUAUUGAUAUCACGAACGAACGUGGCCAGAUUUGAUUAUUACUCCUCUGUUUUUGUUCAAGGUAUUUUGUGUCUGAGAAUGUGUAAAUAUUGUCAGUAUUUUUCCAUGGUAGACUAAAAACAGAAUAUAUAUAUAUAUAUAUGUAUGUGUAUAUAUAUGUAUGUAUAUAUAUAUAUAGAUGUAUGUAUACAAAGCCAAUGAAAAAGAAAGCCAAUGUUAAACAUUUUCAUGGGAUAUAAUCAUUUGAGGUCAUGUUUUAUAAUAUUAUUUUAUUGUAACUGUAAUAAAAUCCAUAUUUUUUCUCCA